AUGAGCGAUAUAAAUCAAUAAACAAAUUUAAAAUGUGAAAACCAAGAUUUAGGGAGUAGUAUUUAGUAUAGAUAUGAUGAUGAAAUGUUGCCAGAAUAAGAAUUAGAAUUGAGGAAUUUGUACUUUGAAGAAGCACUCAAAUAAAUAUAAAAUUAGAAAAGCUAAAAAUAAGCAAAGCAGAUUUGUGGAGAUGUAGUAGAAUCAGUAUGUAGGCGAAUCUAUAAAAGUUCUAUAGCUUUUGGAAAAGAUCAUAAUGAUAUUAUAUUAGAUUAAUCUUAAUCUAUUUACAUUCAUCCUAAUGAGAAAAUCGAAAAUAAUAUCUAGAAGCAAAAAUUGAAAGAAUAGCUAAGGGUUAAGUAGGUUUUAAUGGAAAAAAUUUAAUUUGUAGAUCAGGAUAUAAAUAGAAUUAUAUCUGAUAUUGAAACACCAAAAUUAAGAAAUAAUAAAAAAUAAGUAAAGGAAUUAACUGAAGAAGAAAAGAAAGAAAAAAUGGAGUUUCUAAAAUUAAAAAUAAAGGAAAGAAACGAAAGAGAAAAGUAGAGGUAGAAGAGAUAUUAAGAAGAGGAGGAGUUGAUUUUGCUUGAAGAGCAAUAAAAAAAGUAAUAAGAGGAAAAUGAAAAAAAAUAAAGAGGAACUAUAAAGAGAAAAGAGAUUUAAGAAAGAUUAGAGCAUCUAAAAAUAUAAUCAUUAGAACGUGAAGAAAAAUUUAAAUAGGAAAAUGAAUUGAUUAAAAAAGUAAAAUCUGAGCUACCUCUAUAUGAAAAGCUUUAAAAAAAAGCUUCAUUAAUAGAGAUCGAAAAUUUAUAGGAGAAGAAAAAAAGGCUUGCAGAAAUAAGAGAUUUCCAUAAACCUAUUAACCCAGAUGAAUUAAAAGAACAUGAGAAAAGAUUUUAUGAAAAUUUAAGAGCUUUGUCUGAAAAGUCUCAAUCUCAAAAGAUAAAAACUAAUAAUGAUUAUAAAGUUUCAUACAUUAGUGGAGUUUAUAAAAAGAUUAAAGAAGAAAGAAAACAGUAUUUAGAAAUACUCAAACACCCAGAAGAAUUAGAAAAAAAUAAAGGACCUAAUUUAUUAGAAAGGAUACAAGAAUAUUCAAAAACAAGCAUUAAAAAACCUAAGAUUGAUCUUUCAAAGCAGUAAGAAAUGAAUUAGCUUGUAGAAAGUUUAAAGCACAAGCCUAACUAUAAGUGGUUCGUUGAAAAAAAGAGAGACAAAUCUACAUCAGUUCCAUCUAAUAAAACUGAGGCAAUAGAAUAAGAAAAUUCUUAAUCAAAGACAUAAAAUUUAAGCGAUAUAUCUCCUAGAAAGCUAGGAAAAGAUUAUUUAAGUAAGCUAAAAGAGAGAAGACUUAGAAAUGUAUCAGAUAUAAGUCACAAGUAGGGGGCUGAUAAUCUAGAAAACGAUAAUCCAUAUUAGUAGAAAUUUAAAACAUCUAUGACCUCAAAAGAAAAAAAAAUAUCAUAAAUGUAAUCUCAUUAGAAAAAAGAAAAUCCUUUUUAGAAUUAAUCAUACACAAAUUCUACUUUUGCAACCUCAAAAAUUGAUUAUCUAAAAGAGUUAAAAGUUAUAAAUAAAGAUGCAAAAUAAAUAUCAGAAGUACAAAGAAUCAUACAAAACAACACAUUAAAUAGAGAAUAAAAAGCUCAGUAACUUUUACUGCAUGCUGAAAAGCUUGAAAAAUAGGCUAUUAGGAAAGAAAAGUUAUUAAGAGCAUAAGGAAAUAAUAUCUCUGAUUUAAAUGUCGAAUCUAGCUUAGAUAAUUAAAUUGUAGACACUUACAUUAAUGCUAUAAGAACAAAAUUUGCUCUUUUAGAAAAUCCUUCUUGA